UUCAAUCAGAGAGGAAGUUGUUGGCUGCUGCCGGGGGAACAACACUAGCAGCUAUGGAGUAACGAGCAGGAGUACUUUUUCAUAUUAGCAAAUGAUGUCAGCCCAUAACUAGGUAAUUGCAUCUCUAAAUAAGUUGGACGAUAAACGUGCACACGUAAAGAUGAUCAGUACGUGUAUCAGACAAUAAAAAGACUUGCCUGUUCCAUGAGUACCCCGGAAGUGUUGCAUACAGAACUAGCUCGCUAAUUAUUAGCUUGGUCAGUUAGCUAGCUACAUGUUGUUUUAGUCGCCUGUGAAACAUUUCCAUCACGUUUUUGUCGCAAGUAUUGCAGAAACGCAGUGCUGAUAAUAUGGUCCGUAUCGAUCAUGUGCAAUCCGUAGCCUCUCACCGAAGAUAGCAACUGUCAUAUGGCAAGGAGGCUGUUCUACAGUUCGCUUAUCUGCAUGAUGAUGAGACAACGGACAGUGUCCGUCUUUUAUGUCCGGUACCAAAGGCAGGUUUAAACACUGCACUGUACACUACUCGAAAGGCACUUCUCAACCCUUAGGGCAUCUCCGGAUAUCAUAUCAAUGAUCAUUUGUCUCCAGCUGUCAGAGCUUGGAUCAGCCUGCAGACAUCAUGAGUGCCAAAUUCGGACUGAUCAACUACAACUCUCGCAAGCACAUCUCCAUAUCCGUGCCCUCCUCGACGGAGGUCAUGUCUCCACACAUCAAGUCUGUUGAGGAGCUGAAAGUACUAGGCAUCAACCUCAGCACCUUCAACCCCCCUGUGCAGUUCUUCAUCUGUGUGGCAGGAGUCUUUGUGUUUUACCUCAUCUAUGGCUAUCUGCAGGAGCUUAUAUUCUCUGUGGAGGGAUUUAAACCCUUUGGGUGGUACCUCACUCUAGUGCAAUUUGGGUUUUACUCCAUGUUUGGCCUGGUGGAACUGCAGCUAACGCAGGAUAAACGGAGAAGAAUACCUGGCAAAACGUACAUGAUGAUCGCAUUUUUAACUGUUGGGACCAUGGGUCUGUCGAACACCUCUUUGGGAUACCUGAACUAUCCCACACAAGUCAUCUUCAAGUGCUGCAAACUCAUUCCUGUUAUGAUAGGAGGGAUUUUCAUACAAGGGAAACGCUACAAUGCGGUCGACGUCUCCGCUGCUCUGUGCAUGAGCUUGGGACUCAUCUGGUUCACCCUGGCGGACAGCAAAGUGGCACCCAGCUUUAAUGUGACUGGGGUCUUUCUCAUCUCUUUGGCCUUGUGUGCGGACGCGGCUAUCGGAAAUGUUCAGGAGAAGGCCAUGAAACUCCACAAUGGCUCCAACUCCGAGAUGGUGCUGUACUCCUACUCCAUUGGCUUUGUUUACAUCCUGUUUGGCCUGCUCUGUGUCGGCGGAUUGGGACCAGCCGUGGCCUUCUGCUCUCAGCACCCUGUGACGACGUACGGUUAUGCCUUCUUCUUCUCCCUUACGGGCUACUUUGGCAUUUCGUUUGUGUUGGCCUUGAUCAAGCUGUUUGGCGCCCUGGUUGCCGUCACAGUGACAACGGGCAGAAAAGCCAUGACGAUAGUGCUGUCCUUCAUGUUCUUUUCAAAGCCUUUUACAUUUCAGUAUAUCUGGGGAGGCUUGCUGGUCCUGCUUGGGAUCUUCCUGAACGUUUACAGCAAAAACGCGGACAAGAUGAAGCUGCCCUCCCUGGCAGAGCUCCGCAGUCAGCUGCUGAGGGAGCGCAAGGUGCGGCUGCUCUCCCAGAACGUCUAGACACUGUUUUUAGGGGCCCCCAGAUAUAUUGGACCUAAACAAAUGGACAGGGACUUUGGUUAGGAUGUGGGUCUCCACACUGGCUUAACCUCGAGGGCAUUGGUCAGUCACAUUCCUAUCAGGAGCCUCUCACGGACGAAGACUUUUUACUAUCAAAGGGAAACUGUUGACAAAGCCAAAAAAGCAGUUUUGCACUAUUAAUGGUGACUUUUAUCAAUUGUGCAGGACUUGAAGGAAGGAGAAUGGUUUGAUGGUUCAAAGUAUAAACCACAGACUAUAAAAAGGACAAUGUCUGUGUUGAAUGUGUACCAAAUGGAGUCAUCUUUAACAGUGAAUCUUCACCUGCACGUGCCACAAGAAAGGACUUCUUUUUUCGUUUAUGUUUUUCCGAAUCAAGUUUGCGAAAUGGAUAAAUUUCCAUAUUCUUUUUUAAUUUAUAUUUCUUGAUUGUACUGAAAGUGGGGAUUUAAAAAAAAACAAAAGUGAGUUGCGACAUCUUCAGGUGCAGGAGCAGGGAUGUGGAUGUUUAUCGACCAACGUGUCAACUGCCAUAUUUGCUAACCUUUUGUUUGGUGAACGGACAGCUCUUUUUGCAUUAAAAACAAACGGGGAAGUUAA